GCCUUACCUUCGUCGCCCGGUCGGGCUCUGUUAACUUCAGCUUAAAAAAACAAAAAAAACUCCAGACGUACGGAUAUAGUCUCAACUCGCAAGUCUCAACUCAAGUCAAAAGACUCAAAACCUAUGAUCCACUUCAGGAUUAAAUUACUCUCGUUCCUCGAAAUUCAUCGAUUUCUCCGGCCAUGACUGUUCCAAGUUGCUUCGUCUCGUCUUUAAUUGAGUGUUAACGAGGAAGCUUUAUUCAUAUCGAGCACCGACACCACUCCUCCGGUUCUAAUGAGCAUAAGUGAAAGACUUUCUCUGCAAUUCGUCCAGUUUUGACUUCUAUUUUUUAGUUUCUUCACAUUUGAAUACGAUGCAAACAGGAUAUGAUAUCAACGUUUUGUUUCAAGAAGCCCAAACGCGUUGGCUGAAGCCAGCAGAGGUACUGUAUAUAUUACAAAAUCACGAGAAGUACGAGCUCAACCAAGAGCCCCCUCAAAAGCCAGCUGGUGGAUCUGUGUUUCUUUUUAAUAAGAGGGUACUUCGGUUUUUUCGUAAGGAUGGUCAUAAUUGGCGCAAAAAGAAGGACGGGAGAGCUGUAGGGGAAGCACAUGAACGACUUAAGGUUGGAAAUCUUGAAGCUUUAAAUUGUUAUUAAGCGCAUGGGGAGCAGAACCCUAAUUUUCAGAGGCGUAGCUAUUGGAUGUUGGAUCCGGCAUAUGAGCACAUAGUUCUCGUUCACUAUAGAGAGAUAACAGAGGGAAAGCCUAGUCCUGGAUCUGUUGCAGUAUCACCAGGAGCUUCUUCUUCUUUCCUUUUGAGUCCAACCUCUUACACUUCUCAAAAUCCAGGCUCUACCUCUGUAAUUAGUGAUUCAUAUGAACCAUAUCAGAGUUUAUCUAGCCCAGGUUCUGUAGAGGUUAGCUCUGAGAUAGCUAUUAAGGAUAAUGGCAUAGACUGUAAAGGGGAAAUUACUAAUUGUGCUGGAGGUGAAGUUAAUCGAGCUCUGCGAAAGCUGGAGCAGCAGUUAAGUUUGAAUGAUGAGAUAAUCGAAGAAAUUGAUUCAUUAUCCAGUCAGGAUUUGGAAUACAAAAAUGAAAUGUCCAAGCAGGAUCAGUUUGGAGCUUUACUGCAAAGCUCAGAGUAUGCUUUACAAGGACAAUAUAACGGUGGACAUGCUGGAUUCCUAGAUGAUUCAAACAAUCUUGUGCUGUCUCAGAAUGCAGCUGAUGAUGGAGAGCACUUAUACGGGCAUGGUUAUAUGGUUGAAAGUAAAGAAACUUCACCUUGGAAAGACAUGUUGGACUCAUGUGAGAACUCAUCAGGUGUCGAGUUGCAGGGUAAGCUGCAAACUUCUUCAAGAACGGCACCAGCUGAAGAGCAGGAACACACUCAUUGGCUGAAUUCCAAUAUCGUUGAAAAUCCUACUAUGAUGCUGCCUCAGGAAGUUGAGAAUUUCAAAAUUCCUGCAUAUUCUUCAUUAAUAGGAACACAUGAAAUUGAUUCUGAAUACUAUACAAUGUUUUCUCACCAAGAACAUAUUGGAGCGUCUCCUGAACCAGAUUUGAUUUUGACGGUUGCUGAAAAGCUGAAAUUUAAAAUACGGGAAAUUUCCCCAGAAUGGGGCUAUGCCACUGAACCUACAAAGGUCAUCAUUGUUGGAUCUUUUCUGUGUGAUCCAUCAGAAUCUGCAUGGGCAUGCAUGUUUGGUGACACUGAAGUUCCUCUUGAGAUCAUUCAAGAAGGCGUCUUGCGUUGUGAAGCUCCUCCUCGCCUUCCCGGAAAGGUCACCCUGUGCAUCACUUCUAGCAAUCGGCAGGCUUGCAGUGAAAUCAAAGAAUUUGAUUAUCGAGUUAAGGCUAGUAGUUCUGCUCAUGAUAAUUUAACCCAAACACAAGCUACUAAGAACCGGGAUGAGCUCUUGCUACUUGUCAGAUUUGUCCAGAUGCUUCUGUCUGAUUCUUCUCUGCAGAAAGGAGAUAGUAUGGAGUCAGGAUGUCAUCUAUUGGGAGGAAUGAAAGCCGAUGAUGAUUUGUGGGAUCAAGUCUUAGAGGCUCUUUUAGUCAGUAGUGGGACUUCUUCUAGUUCUGGUACCAUUGAUUGGCUUCUGCAAGAGCUUUUAAAAGACAAGCUGCAGCAGUGGCUAUCUUCAAAAUCCACUGGAGAUUGUGAGCAGUCUGGUUGUUCCUUGUCCAAGAAAGAGCAAGGGAUAAUUCACAUGGUUGCUGGGUUGGGCUUUGAAUGGGCCUUAAACCCAAUUCUCAGUCACGGAGUCAGUAUAAACUUCCGGGAUAUUACUGGGUGGACAGCUCUUCAUUGGGCCGCACGUUUGGGAAGGGAAAAAAUGGUUGCAGCUCUUUUAGCUUCUGGUGCAUCAGCUGGGGCUGUAACAGAUCCCAAUGCACAAGAUCCAACCGGAAAAACCCCAGCAUUCAUUGCUGCCUCCAGUGGACAUAAGGGACUUGCAGGUUAUCUUUCGGAGGUGGCACUGACUAGCCAUCUUUCAUCCCUCACUCUGGAAGAAAGUGAGCUUUCCAAGGGCUCUGCUGAGGUUGAAGCAGAAAUAACAGUAAAUAGUGUCUCAAAGGGAAGCCUCUCUGCCACUGAGGAUCAACUUUCAAUGAAAGAUACCUUGGCUGCCGUCCGUAAUGCAACUCAGGCUGCUGCACGUAUACAGUCUGCUUUCCGUGCACACUCCUUCAGAAGGCGACAAGAAAGAGAUGAGUAUGGUAUCAGUGGGCUUUCAGCUUUGUCAAAGCUGGCCUUUCGUAAUGCUCGUGAUUACAAUUCAGCUGCUUUGUCUAUUCAGAAGAAAUUUCGAGGAUGGAAAGGUCGCAAGGAUUAUCUUGCUCUUCGCCAGAAAGUUGUCAAGAUACAGGCUCAUGUCAGAGGCUAUCAGGUUAGGAAGAAGUACAAGGUAAUCUGUUGGGCUGUUGGAGUUCUAGAUAAGGUUAUAUUGCGUUGGAGACGGAAAGGUGUUGGCUUGAGGGGUUUUCGGUCAGAAUCAGAGCGAAAUGAUGAAAGUGAAGAUGAAGACAUUCUCAAAGUGUUCCGAAGACAGAAAGUAGAUGCAGCCAUUGAUGAGGCUGUCUCACGAGUUCUGUCUAUGGUUGAUUCUCCAGAUGCACGUCAGCAAUAUCGUCGGAUGCUUGAAAGGUUCCGACAAGCUAAGGCCGAACGAGGUGAAACAAGUGAAGAAGCAUCAUCAAUAUCUGUAGAUGAUAUUGCCUAUACGGAAAAUGAUUUGGUACCAGUUUACUUAGAAGCAAGUUCUAAUCUUCCUAACUUAUGUUAUUUACUUGAUGACUUAUCCUGGGGUGUUCUCUCGGAAUAUGCUUUGUAAAUAGAUCUCUGGAUUUCAUGGUAUUAGUUAGUGAUUCUGAUUAACAGUCCA